AUGCCACAAAAGAAAAUGAAGACCCCUGCUUCUAGGCGUCCAGCCAAACGUAGGAAAACGACACAAUUUAACACCACUACUGACACGAUUUCCAACAGUUUCAACGAGAUGAGCCACUCCGUUCAUCUGGAAGCAGACAAGCUUUUACCAGUUGUCUCCAUUCCAGACAUGUUGAAAACUCUGAUGGUAAACAGUGGUGAUAAUCGCAACUGCAACCAUAUGGAUGCUAUAAAAAAGUUGCAAGUAGACAUGAACAUUCUCAACCCGCUUAAAUAUCUCAUCAACCCCAACCUCACAGAGACUCCAGAUCAAAUGAAUGACAUAAAUAUUUUCCUAGAUCGUGUUGCAUCAGAGGUAUUUGAAAGAAUAAGACGAUCUAGUAAUGCAAUUGUGUUUAAUAUACCGGAUACACAUGCCCUUAAAAAUAUCAAAUCUAGUCUGCUUAGAGCCAGCAAUAUGACACAUGUACCAUGUGUAUGCACAAGAUUAAAAAGAAGUCAUCCUGGUAUGCACUCACCGAUCUUGAUCAAAAUCAACUCAUCUGUAGACGCCAGUGAAUUUUUAAAUUCCUCCAAUUCAUUGAGACAAAAACAGAUUUUCAAGGAUAUUAAGACUCUUCUGGAUAAAACACCAUGCCAGCGAAAAGCAGAAAGAGAUAACUACAGACCACCAGCGUCAAACUCUCAAACGCAUCAUAAUCCUAAUGGUCGUAAAGUUAAGUCCCAUUCUAAGAGGACGUCUAGCUUAACAAUUUUGCCGUCACCGAAAAACUCUUCUGAAUCUCCUAAAGUUCAAAACCCAGAGGAAAGUAAUCCCGAUGUAGGUGGUGUCCAUCCUCUUGAGAAUGUUGACUUAGAUUCAACCCGAAGUAGUUGUGCUGAUGAAGAAUGGGAUAACACAGUCCAAACCCCUGUUAGUGCAACACCCAGUUACAGUAACUGUGCAACGGAUAACAGGAAAACUAAUCAUAACAUCCAUAUAACUGACCACGCACUUAACGUUGAUAUAUUCGAACCUCGCAAACCAUCGCAAGUAUGUUUAACAGUACACAAUCCUCUCCAACCUAUGAAGAAGCCGAAAUCAACCACAAACCUUGGAAAUAAACGUCUUAAACACGUUACCCAUACGUCAGGUAUAAAUAGUUAUCCGAAUUGUAAUUGGCUACCUGGUCACAACCAUAGACCUGAUAGCCUUCUUGGUCCGGCUCCCAAUAUGUACAGUAUGCCCUUAUCAGACGUUAUAUUCAAUAGCAAUGAAAAAAAAGUCUUUGUAAUUCCGCCGGCUUUCCUGCCGGCAACGGUAAACAUAUUUCACAUGAUGACAAAGUGGUUGAAUCUAUUUCCCCUCGCAACACAACUCUUACCUUAG